AUGUAGCACGCUUGACCCCAGCUCUUGUAUUUCGCAAACUUUACCAUGGAUGACGAUCAAAGGCGGAUGCUAGCUGGCGAUUCCACACAAGAUCUAUUGGAGCAAGGCAGGACACCACGUACACAACAUGGACUUACAAAGUCUGAAAUGAUACAGGGCAUGGCCAACAGAUUCAUGUAUUCACAGUUUUACAUAAUUCUCUACCUUGGCCUGGCGCUUCUCAGUUUAAUUUCUAUUAUGCUGUCUCUUAAUGAAACUUGUCCUUCACUGUUAUUCAUUAUAUUCGAAUCCAUUAUCAACUUUGCCAUGAUUAUCGAAGUCGGCAUACGUUUACUGGCCUUGAGACGAGCGUACUGGCGAUCCGUGUGGAACAUCAUUGACACGGUGCUGGUUGCCUUGUGUGCCAUCACGUUGAUCGUGAUUGCCUCAGGUUGCUCUGCUAGCGAGCGCAGCGAAGCUAUAUUCGAUACUAUUCUGCUGGUGAUUCGAAACGUCAUUCAAUUCUUCCGAUUAUUCAUGAUGGUCCGCAAGAACAAGCAUUCCAUGAGCACUCGUUCUGCACGUGUCGAUUUUGACGAUAUACCCGAAUUUAGACGAGAACCGUCCGUCGAAUUCAGCGCGCUGGAUAGGGAACGAGGUUUCGCUGAAAGCUUCUUGAGUGAAGAUUCGGAUGAUGAGGGCCGCCAUCGUCCUUGAAUUGUAGUUGUUUGCUUUUACCUUUUCUUUGUCAGUUAUCCUCCCUCUUCCCAUCAUCUUUUUCAUACGUUAAUUACUCAUAAUAACAAGAAACAAUAAAAAAGUUGUGUAUAC